AUGGCGUCUCCUCAGAAAAUCCGUACUACCAUCACGGAUCUGCUCAAGAUCCAACACCCUAUCCUGCUGGCAGGUAUGAACGUGGCCGCCGGUCCUAAGUUGGCCGCAGCGGUCACCAACGCCGGUGGCCUCGGUGUCAUCGGCGGUGUUGGCUACACUCCCGAAAUGCUUCGUGAACAGAUUGCAGAGCUCAAGAGCUACUUGAACGACAAGAAUGCGCCUUUCGGUGUCGACCUUUUGCUUCCGCAGGUCGGAGGAAGUGCACGAAAGACCAACUACGACUACACCAAGGGAAAGCUUGACGAGCUUGUGGACAUCAUCAUUGAGAGCGGUGCUCGCUUAUUCGUUUCGGCUGUCGGUGUCCCUCCCAAGCAUGUCGUGGAGAAGCUCCACGGUGCUGGCAUCCUGUGCAUGAACAUGAUCGGACACCCCAAGCACGUUCAGAAGGCUCUUGAUGUUGGUGUAGAUAUCAUCUGCGCCCAGGGUGGUGAAGGUGGUGGUCACACUGGUGAUGUUCCGACUACCGUCCUCAUCCCUACCGUUGCCAAGCUGUGCCAAGGCAAGAAGAGCCCCUUGACUGGUCAGCCCGUGCAGGUCAUCGCCGCAGGUGGUUUGUUCAACGGUAACUCGGUUGCCGCUGCUCUUAUGCUUGGUGCCUCUGCUGUCUGGAUCGGUACUCGCUUCAUCCUGUCCGAUGAGGCUGGUGCUCCCGUUGCUCACCAGGAGGCCGUCCGCACUGCCGGAUUCGAGGACAAUGUCCGCACCAUUAUCUUCACUGGUCGUCCCCUUCGUGUUCGCAACAACGCCUACAUCAAGAACUGGGAAGAGAACCGCCAGGAGGAGAUCAAGCAAUUGACCUCCAAGGGUAUCAUCCCUGUCGAGCACGACAUGGAGAACCUGCCCGAUGACGUUGACGACGACACCCUGGACAACGCCCGUCCCUUCCUGAUGGGCAAGGUUGCUGCUGUUGUCAACGAGAAGAAGUCUGCCAAGGCUAUUGUUGAUGAGCUUGUUAAUGAUGCCUCUGAUCUGCUGCAGAAGGGUCACAAGAUGCUUGCUAAACUGUAA